CCGAAGUGCAGUUGCCCCACAAUCUCUCACGGCUUCUUCUCCUCCCUAGACAUGGCCAUGCCACAACCAUACCAUGUAGAGGAAAAACCUAUCAUUUUUAAACCCUACAAAUCCAAAAAAGAGUAUUCUCAAAGAGCUAAAGGAAUUUCUUUCUUUGCUCUUAUUUUUUCCAUCUCUAUUUAUAUCUCUAUGUUCUACAUCUUCAACCUCUCUCCAUCGUUAAACAAUUCAAAAUUUUGGUUUUUCAUUUCCAACACUCUCAUUCUCAUCAUUGCCGCUGAUUAUGGUGUGUUCUCUUCUUCUGGCCGAGGCAAAUAUGAUGUUUAUGAAGAGUAUGUGUUACAAAGCCAAGCAAGAAGCGUUUCCUCAUUUAUUUCACAGUACCCCGAAAUCGUUAAGAAAAGUAUUAUUCCCAAAGAAGAGUUUAUUGACAAGAAGAUGGAAAAUGAUCAACCUGAGAGUAAGCUCAGCAGUGGCAUGAAAUUAGGUGAUAAUGAAGGUGGGAAUCAUGAGAAGAAGGUGACAAAAGAUACAAAAACAUAUCAGCGUAAUAAGUCUGAUAAAGUUAAAAGGGUUGUGAUUGAAGAGGGUAAGAAUAGUGUAGGUAAGUCAAGGUCAGAAAGCGACAGGGAAGAAGAACCACCAACCCUUGAUGAAGAAAAUGAGUUUUCUACCAUGUCAAACGAAGAAUUAAACAGAAGAGUUGAGGAGUUUAUUCAAAGGUUCAAUAGACAAAUUAGGCUUCAAAGAGCUGGGAACAUCCAACAAAUUUAGAAUUUUUCUGCCUUCAUGUUAAUAUUAAUUUUGUUUUGUUUUUGUCUUGUCUUUGUUUCUGCUUUGAAAAUUUUGUUAGAAUCUAGCUAGAUGGUAUAUACAUGCAGGCUUCGCACUUUUGUUCAAGACUUGUC